CUUCUCCAUUCACAAACCCCCAAAUUCUUCAACCCUUAAUCAAGUUUUCGCUCAUCUCUCUCUCACUCCAAUCCAAAAUGAUGGACGUCGACCCCAAAUUCGCAAAUUCCGCCUACAAUCCGGGUCGGGCCGACCUUGACCAGAUUUCCGACGUCCCGACCCGGGUGCCCUUCCACCGCCGCGCCCACUCCGAGACCUUCUUCCGCUUCCCCGACCUCGACGACAUCCUCGUCGACGGCGUCCUCGCCGACCUCAACCUCGAAACGCCGCCGUCUAUGCAGGCUGCUGUGACGGCGCCGCCGCCGCCGCAGCAGCAGCAGCAGAAGAGGAGCGACGGGCUGGCUCAUCUGCGGAGCCUCUCGGUGGACGCGGAUUUCUUCGAGGGGCUUGUGCUGGACGGUCCGCCGUCGGCGGAGGCGGCGCCGCCGCGGCCGCGCCACAGGCAUAGCAACUCGAUGGACGAGUACUCCAGUGCGACGUCGUCGUGCGAAGUCGAUUCGAACGCGAAGAAGUCUGUUGCUUCUGAUAGGCUGGCGGAGCUCGCCCUAAUUGACCCUAAGAGAGCCAAAAGGAUACUGGCGAAUAGACAAUCUGCUGCGCGAUCGAAAGAGAGAAAAACGCGCUACACGGGUGAGCUGGAAAGGAAAGUUCAAACCCUGCAAAGUGAGGCGACCACGCUCUCAGCUAAGAUCACAUUGUUGCAGAGAGACACGAGUGCAUUGACAGCUGAGAACAAGGAACUGAAACUGAAGCUGCAGGCCAUGGAACAGCAAGCACAUCUCAGAGAUGCUCUGAACGAAGCCUUGAGGAAUGAACUGCAGUGGCUCAAGAUUACAGCCAGCCAAAUGCAUGGCUCCAAUGGGAGCAGCAGAGGGCCAUCCUCUCCAUUUUCACCACCGCGACCUCCAACGACAAAUUAUUAUACGCAGCAGCACACAAGCCCCAACAAUGCGAAACGGGAGGGUUGAUGAUGAUGAUGGUGCCUCUGAGGCAUGGCCAUUUGUUAAAGAGAAGUAUAUUAUCCAGUUGUAUAUAAACAUCUGUGUAAAUGUAGUAUUACAUACAUGCUAUAUUGAAUGGCUAUCAUGUGUCAUGACCACUUAGGAAAGGUUCUUUGCCAGAAUAUAUAGCUCCUUAAUCCAUCAAAA